GAGAUUUGUCCGCGCCGGCCUCCGUAGCCCACUGACAACACGACAGCACUUUGGUCCGGAUUCCGCUUGUGGCUAAAGCUAAAGCUAAUCUAUCACGAAAAUCCGCGAUAUUUUUUGGAUGUGACACGUGUAAUCGCGAUCAACACUUGCCGAUUUGUAAACGUUUAUCUGAAGAGAGGAAGAUGAGGCUGAAGGAGAUCCAGAGGACGGCUCACCAGGCCUGGAGUCCGGCCGGGCACCACCCCAUCCACCUGGCACUGGGCACAUCUGCCCAACAGCUGGAUGCUUCUUUCAACACCACGGCCGCUCUGGAGAUCUUUGAGUUGGAUUUUUCGGACCCUUCUCUCGACAUGGAGCUCAAAGGGUCACUGCCCACAACCAACAGGUUGCACAGUCUGGUGUGGGUGAACUUUGGGCUCGGUGCAGAUGGUACAGGGGGCAGGCUGGUGACCGGCUCUGAGAACGGGACUGUGUCUGUUUAUAAACCCGAGUCCAUCAUCUCCUCGACUCCGGACGCCGAGGUGGGAACGUCCAACAAACACACAGGACCCGUCCGAGCCCUCGACUUCAACCCUUUUCAGAAUAAUCUUCUUGCAUCUGGAGCGAACGAUUCAGAAAUCUACAUUUGGGAUUUGAACAACUUCAGCAGCCCCAUGACCCCCGGAGCAAAGACACAGCCGGCGGAGGACGUGAGCGUCGUCUCCUGGAACAGACAGGUGCAGCACAUCCUGGCCUCUGCCAGUCCGAGCGGGAAGGCCGUGGUCUGGGACCUGAGGAAGAACGAACCCAUCAUCAAAAUCAGUGACCAUAGCAACAGGAUGCACUGCUCAGGGAUGCUGUGGCACCCGGAUGUUGCCACUCAGCUGGUGUUGGCCUCAGAGGACGACAGACUCCCCGUGAUUCAGAUGUGGGACCUGAGAUUCGCCACUUCCCCUUUAAAAGUGCUGGAGAACCACACCAGGGGUAUUCUGUCCAUUUCUUGGAGCCAGGCCGAUCCAGAGCUCCUCCUCAGCAGCGCGAAAGACAAUCGAAUCCUCUGCUGGAACCCAAACACCGGAGAGGUGAUCUAUGAGCUUCCCACCACAAACCAGUGGUGCUUUGACGUCCAGUGGUGUCCCAGGAACCCGUCUCUUUUGUCCACGGCCUCGUUCGAUGGAAGAAUCACAGUUUAUUCGGUGAUGGGAGGAAGUCUGACCCCACAGCAGCACAGCACCGUGGACAAGAUCUCCUCCUCCUUUGACUCCAUGGAUCCCUUCGGCACAGGUCAGACGCUGCCCCCCCUUCAGGUCCCUCAGGCCCAGACUCAGAUCACUAUCGUCCCUCCGCUCAAGAAACCUCCAAAGUGGAUACGCCGACCUGUGGGGGCCUCGUUUGGGUUUGGUGGGAAGUUGGUGACGUUCGAGUGCCCGAAGCUGCCCCCGGGUCAGAGCCCUCAGUCUGUGCCCCGGCAGGUGCACCUCAGUCAGGUCACAACGGAGACGGAGUUCCUGCAGAGAUCCAGGGAGCUCCAGACGGCUCUCCAGACCGGAUCCUUUAACAGCUACUGCCAGAGCAAGAUCCAAGAGGCCCAGACCGACGCCGAGCAGGACAUCUGGAAGUUUCUACUGGUAAAUUUUGAAGACGAAGCUCGCAUCAAGUUCCUCAGGCUUUUGGGAUUCAGCAAAGAUGAUCUAGACUUAAAGAUUUCCAAGUGUCUGGGGAGAAACUACCAGGCGAACGGACACGGAGUCGACGCCAAAGACCUGGCAGAGAAAAUGAUGCAGCUCUCCACUGAGAGGUCGGAAGACUCGAACGCUGCUGCGAAAACCUCAGGCUCAGUGUCACCAGCAGAUUUCUUCAGCCAAACUCCAAAAGAAGCCAGCAACUUUCAGAUCCCAGUUACUUGUGAUACAGAUGGUCUGAUCAGCCAGGCGCUGCUGGUGGGAAACUUUGAAGGAGCGGUGGAUUUGUGUUUGAACGAUGGGAGAUACGCGGAGGCCAUUUUGUUGGCGAUCAGCGGAGGAGAGGAACUGCUGAAGAAGACGCAGCAAAAGUAUCUGAGCAAACAGAAGAACAGCGUUUCUAUGCUGAUCUCGUCAGUGGUGACCCAGAAUUGGAGGGACAUCGUGGAGAGCUGUGAACUGGACAACUGGAAAGAGGCUCUGGCCGCUCUGCUGACCUAUGCACAUCCAGAAGACUUUGCUCACCUCUGCGACACGCUGGGCGGUCGUCUGGAGGCCGAGCUGACAGAGAAGCGCUCUCUUCAGGCCUGUCUCUGUUACAUUUGCUCCGGAAACAUCGAGAAGCUUGUGGAAUGUUGGGCUCAGCACCGAGACUGCUCCUCUCCACUCGGACUGGAGGAUCUUGUGGAGAAGGUGAUGAUGCUGCGUAAGUCCAUCGAGCGCCUCAGAAACAGUGAGGUCUCGGUCCAAAGCCCAAUUCUGGCCGAUAAACUCACGCGCUACGCCGGCAUCCUGGCAGCAGAGGGCAGUCUCUCCAUCGCCAACGCCUACCUGCCCGAGAACUCAGAGGAGACCAGUAUCAGGAUGCUCAAAGAUCGUCUGCUCCACGCUCAGGGAGAAGGAGCUGCAAACUACCCCUCCAGACCCAACCAGCCCCAAACCAAACCCGCCCCGGCCCCUCAGCCCUCUGCGCCCAAAGCACAAAUCAUGGGUCAGUACCAGCCGCAGCCCCCACAGCAGCCUCAGAUGCCCCAAAUGCCCCAGAUGCCCUCCCUCUUCACUGCUCAGUCUCCCACCUCCAACACGGGCCCAGGUCUGCCCCCUACUGGCCUUGGGAUGAACCCCUCUGCGCCCAGACAGAUGAGGCCCUCCUACCCCCAGCACCCCCCCGCUCCAGGUUUUAUUCCACAACCGCCAUUCCAGCCUCAGCCAAUGGGAGCUCCGUCCUCCUUCCCCCCGCCUCCAGGGUCCUCCAUGCCCCCCUCCUCCAUGUCUAUGCCCCCUUCCUCUAUGUCUAUGCCUCCUUCCUCCAUGUCCAUGCCCCCUUCGUCUCUCUCUGGACCCCCCUCCUCCAUGUCUAUGCCGACUUCCAUGUCUGGUCCCCCUUCUUCUCUCUCCGGCCCUCUCCAGCCCCCGGGCGUCCCUCCCACCACGUUCAUGCCCUCCACCUCUAUGCCCUCCGGCCUUGUAGCGCCCCCUAGCUCUCAGCCCGGAGCGCCCGUGCCCAUGUACCCGGGUGCCAUGCAUAGCCAGCAGGGACCGACCUCUCCGCCCUUCACCCCGAUGGGAGCGGGGUACCCACAGGGGGGUCCAGGAGCUCCCGCCGUGAAGCCUUACCCUGCAGCAGCCAUGCCUCCUCCACCCACAGGGCCACAGGAAGGAUGGAACGACCCUCCAGCUGUGAGAGGAGGACCCAGGAAGAAGAAGGUCCCAGAGAACUACACUCCUCCGGCCCCGAUCACUGCUCCUGUGAUGGGCUACGAGGCCCCUCAGCCCCAGGACCUCCACACACAGGUGCCUCCAGGGGCCCCACAAGAGCCCACUGUACAGCUCCUGCAGCAGUUACCGGCCGAGCGCGUGGAGCAGAAGGAGAUCCCCUCUGAACAUUUGGUCCUGAAAUCCACGUUCGACAGUUUGGUUCAGAGGUGCCAGCUCGCGGCAGGAGACCCACAAACCAAGAGGAAACUGGACGACGCGGCGAAGCGGUUGGGGUUUCUCUACGACAAACUCAGAGAUCAGUCGCUCUCUCCUCACAUCCUAAACGGCCUUCAUGAGAUCAGCCGGUGCGUGGCGGGGCAGAGUUACCAGCGCGGCCUGGAGGUCCACACUCAGAUCGUCAGCAGCAGCAACUUCAGCGAAAUCUCCGGGUUUAUGCCAAUCCUCAAAGUGCUCAUGACCAUCGCCACGCGCCUCGGGGUCUAACACCAGGGGGCUCCGCGUCUCCAGUCCAUAGUGUUAAAGUCACAUGUUAAAUAUUUAUUUCCUGUUUCUUUUUUUUUUCUUACUUUUGAACCAAUGACGUCGAGCGAUGGAGGAAAUUCUAAUGGAUUGUUGGUCGGUGACACUCCACUGAAAACAUGGCAGCAAAAUAGAUAGAAUUAGGAAUUAAAAUGACUGCGAAAGGUGCACUGUGGAACUUUUCUAAUACUAAGGGUUGUUACCAUGGAGAUUACUUGGCUUGGAAUGUUCCGCAGUACGGCAUUUAUUCAAUUACAGAUAUUUUCAGUGCUCAGAUCCGACUUUUUUUUUGUUGUCACUUCAAAUUUGCACGUUGAUUUGGCACACGGUUUAAAUCAGGUUAUGUCAUUUUUGUAAAGAUGGUGGUCGCUACCAUGGUGAUUUUAUUGCCUUGUUUGGAAUGUUCCACGAUAAGGCAUUAAUCUACCUAUCUAUCUCGCAUUUAUUCAAUUGUAAGUGUUCUCAUUCGUCAAAAAUAUCUAGAAAAACUGGCGUUCUCACUGUGAGCUGGCUCGCCUCUCCACAGAUCUGGCCUGUAAUUGCACCCGGUGAUGUUUCCUCAUUCUCUCUAAGCAUAUGUUUAAUACCAUACUGUGGAAAAUUCCAGGCAAAGCAGUAACAUUUCUAUUAAAACAAGCAGGAAAGUUAGAAGUUUUUAUUCAUCAAAAAUACCUCAAAAAAACUUGCGUUCUUACUGUGAGCUGUCUCGCCUUUCCAUAGAUCUGACUGUAAUGUGACCCAGUCAUGGUUCCUGCUUUUUCCCAAGCAUAUGUUUAAUGCCAUACUGUGGAAAAUUACAAAACAAUAACUGUUAAAAAACAAGCAGAGAAGUUCUUAUAGCUCAAAAAUAACGAGAAAAACAGGCAUUCUGACUAUGAGCUGGCUCGCCUCUCCACAGAUCUGACUUGUAAUGUGAUCUGGGGGUGGUUCCUCCUUCUUUCCAAGCAUACGUGUAAUGCCAUACUGCGGAAAAUUCCAGGCAAAGCAAUAACAUCUCCAUACAAACAAGCAGAAAAGUUACAAGUUCAUAUUCAUCAAAAAUACCUCAAAAAACAGGCAUUCUUACUGUGAGCUGGCUCGCCUCUCCACAGAUCUGACCUGUAACGUGAUCUGGUGGUAGUUCCUCCUCCUCUCCAAGCAUACGAUUAAUGCUAUGCUGCGGAAAAUUCCAGGCAAAACAAAACAAGCAGAAAAAUGACAAGUUCGUAUUCUUCAAAAAUACCUCGACAAACAUUCGUUCUUACUGUGAGCUGGCUCGCCUCUCCACAGAUCUGACUCUGUGUACAUUUAAAACCAUACUGUGGAAAAUUCCAGGCAAAGUAAUAACAUCUCCAUUAAAAAAAACAAGCAGAAAAGUUACACAGUGCAUCUUUAACUCAUUUAGAUAUAUUUUUUGUAUUGUUUGGGUAUAAUUUGAUGAAAAUGUCGGUAGUUUUAUGGAUUCAUUAAUUGUCGGGAAUUGUCAAAGAUGCUGUGGGAAUUUAAAGAUGAACUGAAUGUA